GAGACGAAGCAACUGACAAGCGGAAAGGAAGAAAGAGAGAGAGGAAAGAUGCCGGGCCUAAUCGCCGUGAGCGAGUUCGUCGAGGAGACGAGGGAGGACUACAACUCGCCCACCACGUCCACCUUCGUCUCGCGGAUGCCACAGUGCAGGCAGACCAUCACAUCCCUGGAGGAGACCUUGGACUUCGAUAGGGAUGGUCUGACGAAGCUGAAGAAGGCCAUCAAAGCCAUCCACAAUUCCGGAAACGCUCACGUUGACAAUGAGGUGUACCUGGGCAGGGCGUUGGAGAGACUCGGCGAUGCCGCCCUGAAGGAACAGGAGCCGGACAUCGGCGCGGCUUUCCUCAAAUUCGCGGUCGUCACGAAGGAACUGAGCGCCCUCAUGAAAACUCUGAUGCAAAACAUCAAUAACAUCGUGAUGUUCCCGUUGGAUUCGGUGCUGAAGGGCGACCUGAGGGGCGUGAAGGGCGACCUGAAGAGGCCCUUCGAAAAGGCGUGGAAGGACUACGAGGCCAAAUACGCGAAAAUUGAGAAAGAGAAGAAGCAGCACGCGAAGGAGGCCGGUCUGAUUCGUACAGAGGUCACGCCCGCCGAGAUCGCCGACGAGAUGGAGAAGGAGAGACGGUUGUUUCAGUUGCAAAUGUGCGAGUAUCUGAUCAAAGUGAACGAGAUCAAAACGAAGAAGGGUAUCGAAUUGUUGCAGCAUCUAGUCGAAUAUUACCAUGCGCAAACCAAUUAUUUUCAGGACGGCUUGAAGACGAUCGAGCACUUCGGCUCGUACGUGGCCGACCUCAGCGUGAAGUUGCAAAAGAUCAGGCAGACGCAGGACGAGGAGAGAAGACGGCUAACGGAACUUAGGAGCCUCCUCAGGAGCUCCGGAUGUGACAAAGAGUUGAAUGCGAACGCGAACGCGGGCUACUCGUUGCAUCAGCUGCAGGGGGACAAGCAGCACGGCGUCACGCGCUCCGGCCACCUGCUGAAGAAGAGCGAAGGCAAGAUGAGGAGAGUCUGGCAGAAAAGACGAUGCGCCGUGCAGGCGGAGGGUUACCUCGAUAUUUGCCACGCCGACGAGAACAAGCCGCCCACUCGGGUGAACCUAUUGACCUGCCAGAUCAAGUUAGUGCCGGACGACAAGCGAGGCUUCGAUCUCAUAAGCUACAAUAGAACGUACCACUUUCAAGCGGAGGACGAGGCGGACCAGCGCGCGUGGAUGUCGGUCCUGGUGAAUUGCAAAGAACGCGCCUUGUUGCGUGCCUUCGACGCGAGCGGCAAGGCGGAGGCCGGCAGCGGCAAUCCCAGCCUCGUGGAGUUGCAGCAGGCCGUCAUACGAUGCGUGAUGCGGUUACCCGGAAACGAUCAGUGCUGCGAUUGCUCCUCGCAAAACGACGCCACGUGGUUGUCCACGAACUUCGGGAUAAUAGUGUGCAUUGAGUGCAGCGGCAUCCACCGCGACUUGGGCGUGCAUAUAUCGCGAAUACAGUCUCUUACGCUGGACAACGUGGGCACCGCUCAGCUGUUGCUGGCACGACACAUGACCAAUCAGGCGUUUAACGAGGUGAUGGAGGCGACGUUACGUCACAAUCUCAAGCCGUCGCCGACGUCGACAAUGGAGGAGAGGUAUGAGUUCAUACGUGCCAAGUACGUGGAAAAGAGAUACGUGAUGAAUACGUGCGCGGACGAGCGUGAUCUACUUUCCGAUUUGGAGCACGCCGUUAACAACCGCGAUCUGCAGCAACUUCUCCAGGUCUAUGCCGAGAACGUGGAUCUGGCGGCGCCGUUGCCGACAUCGGACGUGGGCGAGACCGCGUUACACUUGGCCAUCCUGCGCGAGAUGGGUAGUAGUCUGCACAUCGUGGACUUCCUGGUGCAAAACAUGCCAACCGGCGGCAUCGACCGGACGACCAUCGACGGCGAGACCGCGCUGCAUCUGUCCGCGCGCCACGAUCGGGCGGAGGCGAUGAAGCUGCUGCUGCGAGCGGGCGCGGACCCGUCGCAUCGAAACAAGCAGGAUAAAACUCCGUUGGAUAUCGCGCAGGAGAUGGGACAUCACACGUGCAAGGAAUUGCUUAGUCAUGCUCUGCAGAGGCAGAAGACAUUAUUCGACAACGUGAACAUCGACUGGAACCUGUCCCACGACGAGGGUUCCACGGACUUCUCCGACGAUGAGACGAUAAUAGAGGACAGAGUAAGUGGACCGAGAUUCCCUAACACGAAAAUCACCUCGGAGGCAAACGGACCCGUGUAUUCACAUGCGCGCAUAUCGAUCUCGCAGAACGGAUGUCUAACGCCAGAGAAGAAGUCACGCAGCAGACCUCCGUCUUACGCCGGAGGCGGUGGCACGGGAUCUGGCGAUUCGCCGGUGACGCUGCGUAGUCGGAGCAGCACCUGUGACAGCCUACAGAGCGGAUCCUCUCCGAGCGCCUCGACGAAUCGCCAACAAAUGCCUCCGCCGCCGCCGCCGCAGGCGAGGAAACCCGUAGCUGUACCCACCCCGAUGGCGCCGGAUAUUUCAGUGAACAUCCACGGUUCGCUGAAGAAACGAGUAGCGCCGCCGCCGCCGCCCGCCGGGAACGCCAGCGGUGGCAUUCUACCGUCGUCGCACUACGGUACGCUACCCACGUCGGCCACGUUGGCUACGUCGACGCACAGUCGUACGACCAGCGAACCGAUUUUAGCCGGCCACACUUUACACACUCUACCGCAUACGUUGAACACACUAAAUAGCCAACAUCAUAAGAGAUCACCGAGCGGCGACUCGUCGACCGGACACGGUAUGGACAAGGCGAACAGCUCGACGCUGCAGAGACCGCGGAAUCCGCCGCCCCCCGCUCCGUCCGUCACGUCCAGGCUCAGCAACGGGCGCAGCAGCGAGUCGCUGAGUUCCAUGUGCUCCGAUCAUGGUCUGGGCAAUCCCAUCCCGCCGCCGCGCAAGCGAAGGGACCGGUCCAGGCUAGAGAGCUACGCCGAGGAGCCUUCAUCUUUGCUCCCAAAUCUGAAUCUGCCGACGUCGUCGACUUUGAGCGGCCUCCGACGAUGCCGGGCGUUGUACGACUGCGAGGCCGACAACGAGGACGAGCUGUCAUUUCGCGAAGGCGAGGUGAUCAUCGUGACGAACGAGCAGACCGACGACGACAACUGGAUGGAGGGUGCGCUGGAACGGGCGCCGGAGAGGCGGGGCAUGUUCCCGAUCAGCUUCGUGCACAUGCUGCAGGAUUAACAUUCGGUAAGCCUGAACUCGUUGGCGAGCGUCUCUAGCACUGCCAGCUCGAUGAGCGUCGCCAGUCUCGGCCGACGAAGCUGGCUGAGGAAGCCGAAGGAGUGAUGAUGAGGAGGAGCAGCAUUACGGAAAUUAUGCUCGGACGCUGAUCUCCGCCACCUUCCGUCAUCGUCGUCCAGGCUGAGGCGGCAUCCACGCAAGAGUCCGAAUAGAGAGAACGUCGAUGAGCGCCGUCACCAAGUGAAGGUUGUCGGGAGCUUCUCUCUUUGUUCCUCGUGUUUCUUAGGGGAGAAAUAAACGAUAUACACGCCAAUGUAAGAGGAAGUGAGAGUAGCGCCCCAGUAGGGGCGGUCCUUAACAAGAUUUAGCGAUCUAGCGGAACGGUAGUAGUUCAAACUGACGUCACUCGCAUUCUCAUUCCGCUCGGCGAUUUCUCAUUAACACAUUCUUCGCUACCAACGUCAUACACAGCCAUGGACAACCGGCGGUAUGUGUGUCGUACCAUUCCCUGGAUAGAUAAUCGCACGAUUUACGCAUAUGUAUACAAGGUCAAAAUCAUUAACUAGGGUCGUUAUAACCGUAUCGUUAUAGUUAGAAUUAUAUGCGCGAUUUUCAAUCUUGUGGGUUAUGCAUAAGGCUAGGAAAAGCGGAAAAUCAUGUAGGGGAUGAUACAAUGUGCACAUUACGUCGUCAUGUAUGCCUUACCAUUUUCUGGAUCCAGAGUUUGUGAUUUUUAGCCGUGCAGGUAUAUGCGUUGAAAAUCGCGCGAGUAACUCGAAUUCUAAUGGUUGGUUAUUGGCUCUACUUAGAGAGGUCUCGACUUUAUGCAUAUACGUGUAGGCUAAAAAUCGUACAACUUUCGAUCUAGGGAGUGGUAAGACGCCGACUGGAAACGAUUCGUCUUCCAUUAGAUCUAGUGGAGCAGCCCGAAGGUGCUUAUCCUGUUCUAUUCAAAGGAAUCAUCGCGUAAAGCUCGUAUCAGGCUAAUAUUAGAUUAAAAAUUGCGAAUUAGAAAUCAGAAUUCGAUGAGAGCAGUUUCGAUCUUGACUCACCUUACCCCGAAUGGACAAAUUCCAAUAGUCCGAUACGGUCUUUGCGUGAAUAUUCUUCUAGUUCGAACAAAAUAGACAUCUUUCGAACUGGCCCCAAACGAAUCAAUGUCCAUGGGUGUACGCGUGACACACCCGCGAUCUCUCGCUUCGAACUCACCUCUCACGGGAAAUCUUCGAUUCCACCUAACACAUUCGCCAUCGACACGUCACACGUGAAUGACAAUGAUAAUUUUUCUUUUUAUAUCCGCAUAUAUAUAUAUAUAUAUAUAUAUAUAUAUAUAUAUAUAUAAACUAAGUCUGUUUUACAUAAAGACAAAUAAAAUGUGGGCAGAAAGUUCCAUGAAGAAUAAAGCACGAUAGCGAACGUGUCAAUGUAAAACGAGUCGCGUUAUAGGCGAGAGUCUCGUAGCUUGUUGACUAUUUUCUAGACACCCGAAGGCUUUUUCCCUCUACCGCGGCAGAGAGUUGUUCCUGCUGAUGCGACGGUGUCUCUUGCGUCUUUCGCUGAUUCGCGAACGAUCCCUCCAGGUCGACACCUUGCAAUAGAUUUUUCCCAACGGAGAUUCCGACUUCCUCCGUGGUGCGCGAUGCGAACACGAUUAUUCCCGUGUUUCCAAUGUUCCGGAAAGAGUUGAGAGAAAUGACACCUCGGCUCGAAGUCGGCGGACACCUCGAAGAUUUCGCGCUAAGGCCGGACAACCCGACACGUACGAUCUCGAGCGGUAAUGUCGAUGUUGAGACCGGUGUGCGUCUGCUCGGCCGUGGAAUCUGUCUUCAUAAAUCGAGAAAUUCGCUCUCUCGCUCGCGCGCUCGAUAAUAACGCGGUUAUUUGACGACUUCUUUUCGCGAAAUUUCAUUUUCCCCGCGAGCGAACACAUCGCGGACAGCAUUGAGACGUUUCGAUUACGUGUACAUACAGUCGGCGGAUUAAAGGUUGCGACACUUCUCUUUUUCUCCACGAGUCUCGUAACGCAUCCCACGUAUCCAAUAGGAGAAUUUAUUUCUGAGUAAUUCUUACAGGAGAUACGUUUUCCUGCUGGAUGCGAAAUACGUUGCGGAACUCAUCGAAAAAAAAAAAAGGUUCCGUAACUUUCGACAUUAGAACCGCUACAGGUGCUAAUUCGGUUCCUAUUUUUUAUUUUCAGUUACUGUAGAGUCUUUUUUUUAUGUCAUCUGCAUUAUUUGAAAUUAUAUUCGCAUUUAAAAUAAUAAAAAGUCAAGGGAAAUUAUUAACCGACACGACAAUUUAUAGGAUUUACGGCAAUUUUCAAGAUCAGCGAAGCCAAAGAGGAGCACCAUCGACGGUUUUAACGUUAAUCUGCCGACUGCGCCGCUCAGUGACGAUGUCUUUGAUAGAGCCAGGUAUUAGCACUUUACGCUAGAUGACAAUCAUAUCGAGGCCCGCGUGAGGAAAAGCGGAUGUUACGUUUGAUGUAUGAUGUACAUUCUCGGGGGGAUCUUUCGUCUCCGGACGAACGCGACCGGCGGAUUCUUGUCUCUACGUGAGAGACCCUCGGUCGGCGAGAACGCGAGCAAGAGGAAGCUGACUGACCGCCGCUUGUGUGUGUGUGUGUGUGUGUGUGUGUGUGUGUGUGUGUGUGUGUGUGUGUGUGUGUGUGUGCGUGUGUGUGCGCGUGAGCGAGCAUGUGGCAGAUCAUCCGCGGGUUCUCGGUGUUUGUCGCGCGAAAUGUUGUGUCUAAAGAGUUUAUAUGAUAGAUCUUUUACGUAGUCAGCAGACGUACUCGUCUACUAAUACGCUCUAUAACAGAUAUGUACACAUAUAUAUAUAUAUAUAAAUAUAUUACGAUACACAAAGUGUGUAAUUUAGAUACAAAUUAGAGAUAUAUCCGGCUGACAAAGUACGACGUACACACGACGUCGGAUCGCUGACGACGUCGGUAAAGAAAAAAAAAGGCAACAACAACAACAAAGAGGAACUGAAAAAAGAAACACGUCGCGCGCUGCAGCGGACUGGGGACACGUUAAAAAACGGAAUGUAUAAAAGAGGAGGAGGGAGGAAGCGAUCCUCUCGGCUGCGCGGAACCGACGCUAAAAUGUGAUACAUAAUAUUUCAGAGUAAACUGUUAGUACUGCGAGACGGGGAUACACGUGCGCGCGUGUCAGCGAGUCGAACGGCGUUUCCCGAAGUCUCGUAAGUCGACCGACCGAUUUCAAUCGUGUCGAGCGCGCCCGCAUUCGAUUGGCACGACGGUGAACCGUCGCGUCGACACGAGAGUCUCUCUGCUGACAGGGGAAAUUCCAACGCGGAUAUUUAAACGAUGGGGAUAACCGCGUUGCUAGUUGAACGUAAUUGUAAUCCGAAUGGAAUUCGCGAUUCGAAAACGAGAUUCGAUUACCGGUUGCGAGGAGAGGAAGGGGAAAGGGAUCUCGGUAUCGAUGUACCGCUCGUUUGAGGAAUACCUCACUCUCUCACGAUGUAUUUCGACCGACAAUUGUGCCCGAAGAAGCGAGCGAGCGAGCGAGUGAGAGAUAGAGAGAGAGAGAGAGAGAGAGAGAGAAACAAACAUGUAACACGGUUCACAUGGUUUCGGUGUCUCUCAACGUUCAUACACGGAAAAAAGUCUAGUUGCGUUAACCGGAAAGGAAAUAGAUGCGUUCUGAUUGAAGGGAAUGGAAUUUCUAGUUCUCAUAACCCAAAUGUGGUUCUCCUAACCAUAAAUUCCGUUUCCUUCAAUCAAAACGCAUCUAGUCGUUCCCUUUCUGAUUGAUGUAACUAAACUUCUUUCCGUGUACGUUCUAUUGAUCUGGCGCACAAUUCUUUUUUCUGUACUGCCAUUAAAGGAUCGAUUUAACGUAGGGAUAGCGGCCGAACUUGUUGCAGUAGUCAUAGGGAACCGUGGUAACUCGCGUACCUCUGCGUUCGGCGCCGAGGGCGUCCGAUCUCCUCCGCAGCCCGGCGGAGCACCCUUGAGACACGUACAUAAUUGUGAACACCGUUAUACGCGAGACAAUUCAUCCGAGAACCGCGUUCGGCGCCGAACUCAAGCGGUACGAGUUCCGAUACGGAUCGUAGUUUCGCGGGAGAUCUGCUGAAUCUAGCGUAAAAACUAGUAGAAGAGGAGGCGAGAGAGAGAGAGAGAGAGAGAGAGAGAGAGAGAGAGAGUUUAAUCAACGGUCGUCUCUCACAUACCAGAUGUUAUACAACCGAUAAUGCAUGACACUCGAUAGUAUUAUUAGCGUACUCGAUUUAAGAACAUCGUUACGACUGUGUGUACAUUUUUUUGUAAUGCCAUACUACAAAGUGUUAGUCGCUCUUCGAGUAAAGGGAGUAUAUCAGUAGGAGGGAGGAGAGGGGGGAGCUCGGAAACCGAACGGCCGUCGGCGAGACGGGAGUGUAGUGCGACGAGCGAGAGGAGUCUCUUACUGUCGCAAUAUAUUAAAUAUUCUAUUCGAAUGUACACCAAAGAGGAUGAAAAGGUGGAAAAGGAAAGGGAGUAGUCGAGAACGGUGCGCGUAGCCGUUUCCUAUCAUAACGCCGCAACGUCGCAAGCCUUGUUACAUAAUAACCCGUGUUCUGAACUCUCUUUUACCGAUAAAAUUGCCUUAAAUAUGACUUCUCAGCCAAUCAAACGGCUUCUUCACAUAAGUAAGCCAUAUAAUAUAAAUAUGCUAUAUAAUAAAUGAAUCACUUUUAGAGGCAUUUUUAUCGAUAAAUGAAAGUUCAGAGUACGAUCUGAUAAGUCGUAUUUGUCGAAGUCGGAUAUCGGAACGCAGCCGGCGUUGAUGAGGAGAACUCGUUUCCGAAGAAUAAAUGGCGUUUUCGAUUUGUUGACCCGACCUGAUUCGACCUGACAGGCUUAAGAGAAUUUAUUUCUCGAAAACGAGUUCUCUUAUUGGACCAUCGGCCAUGUUCCAAUGUUCGAGAUAUGACUUAAUGGCCGCGUUCAGCAGAAUUAUUUUGCAACUGGUGGACAUUUUCUGAAUUAAGAUUAGGUUUUUCUUUCAGGUUUAGAAGAGUAAUGCAAUCUCAGCAGAGAGAAUUUCUAACAGUUUUUCCAACAGUUGUAAGAUAAACGUUCUGAGCACGGCCAUUGCGUUACAAGACCUGGACGAGCUUUGAAUUGGAAACAGCGGUACCUAUUAAAUGCCGUGUAAUUAUCGUCAGUGUGCUGACCGAUGGGAAACGGCUUCGCGAAUCGGCCCACGAUUUCGUGCAACACGUUAGUCCGAUCGGGAAAUAGGAUCGGCGUGCGUUUCUCUCGUGUAAUGUAGAUUGCAUAUGCGGAUCGCGCGAUCGACUCUGGGAGACGGCACGGGUGAUGUCGCGGAAGCACUAUAAUUCUUUCCUUACGAUUACCAUAGGGGGCUUUGUACAUAGACGGACGAAAGUAGAAUACAUACUUAAACCGCUGUAACGCUAUUAGCUGUGACAUUAUUUCAAUAAGUGUAAACUUAAAAAUCGAUUUACAGGCGUGUCGCGACGCUUUUACCUCCUUCAGCCCAAAAAGGAAGAAUUGAAAGAAACGUAGCUACGAGACGAUUUCGAACAGCAGAGAAUAUUUUCCGGUUUCAUUCGUUAGAGAUAAAGAUAUCUAAAUCACGUUAUUUAUAUAUGUAGAUCCAUAUAUAUAUUAUAUAUAUAUAUAGAGAGAGAGAGAGAGAGAGAGAUAUAU